AUGGCUCACAGGCCAAAAAGGACUUUUCGGCAGCGCCGAGCCGAUUCCAGCGACAGUGACAGCGGAAAGGAGUCGUCUGCAAAGCUCGGCUCACCGCGGGAGCCGGCAGCUCCAAGUCCUGAAGAGAAAGAGCUGCCUGGAGAGACAGUGAAAAGGCCGCUUCGGGGCCGCAGAGCUCAGGGCCAGAUUUGGGCGAGUUCCCGGCGGGUCGCGGAAGCGGCCCCCAGAGCGGGCAGUGACACUCCUUACGAAGGCGACACCGGAAGCGAAUCCAGAACAAUUGAACUGUCAGCUGAUGAAGAGGAUGGAAUACGUCACUCCUCUGAAAGUAAGGAUGAGCAGAGUUCAUCUUCCAACAACUGUAGCUCUCCAGAAGAAAAAGAGUUUUCAUCAGUAGUUAGGAUCCCUGAUGCAGCCUUCAUUAAGGCAGCCCGCAGAAAACGUGAACUGGCCAGGGCCCAAGAUGACUACAUUUCUUUGGAUGUAAAACAGACCUCCAACAUCUCUGAUACAAAGAAAAACAGUGAUGAAGAUACUGAGAGUGAGCCUGAUGACCAUGAAGAAAGAAUAUCAUUUACCCCAAAGCCUCAAACACUUCGACAAAGAAUGACUGAAGAAACAACAACCAGAAGUGAAGAAAGUCAAGAUGAUGAAAAUCAAGAUAUUUGGGAACAGCAGCAAAUGAGGAAAGCAGUUAAAAUCAUAGGGGGAAGAGAUACAGACCUUUCUCACAGCAGUGAAUCUCAAAAAGUGAAGAAAUUUGAUACUUCUAUUUCAUUUCCACCAGUAAAUUUAGAAAUUAUAAAGAGGCAGUUAAAUACUAGAUUAAUGUUAUUACAGGACACUCACCGUGCACACCUGAGAGAAUAUGAAAAAUACAUACAAGAUGUCAAGAGCUCAAAGAGUAUGAUCCAGAACCUAGAAAAUUCAUCAAAUCAAGCUCUGAAUUAUAAAUUCUAUAAAAGCAUGAAAAUUUAUGUGGAAAAUUUAAUUGACUGUCUUAAUGAAAAGAUUAUCAGCAUUCAAGAAAUAGAAUCAUCCAUGCAUGCUCUCCUUUUAAAACAAGCCAUGACCCUUAUGAAGCGCAGGCAAGAUGAAUUAAAACAUGAAUCAACAUAUUUACAACAAUUAUCACGCAAGGCUGAGACAUCAACAAAUGGAAGCAUGGCUAUAGAUGAGAAAACACAAUGGAUUUUAGAAGAGAUGGAAUCUCGAAGGGUACAGAGAAGACAAGCAAGGGUGCUUUCUGGGAACUGUAAUCAUGAGGAAGGAAUAUCUAGUGAUGACGAACUACCUGCAGCAGACAUGACUGACUUCCAAAACAGCCAAGGUGACAUUUUACAGGAUCAUAAGAAGAUUUUUGAAGAUGUGCAUGAUGAUUUUUGUAACAUUCAGAAUAUUUUACUGAAAUUUCAGCAAUGGCGAGAAAAGUUUCCUGAAUCCUAUUAUGAAGCUUUCAUUAGUUUUUGCAUACCAAAGCUUUUAAAUCCCCUAAUACGGAUUCAGUUGAUUGAUUGGAAUCCUCUUAAGCUAAAUUCCAUAGGUUUGAAACAGAUGCUGUGGUUCACAUCUAUAGAAGAAUAUGUGAGUAACAGUGUAAAAGAUUCAAGGAAGGAAGAUAGUUCUGAUACAAAAAUCUUGGCUGCUGUUAUCAAUAAAACAAUUAUUCCUCGACUAACAGACUUUGUGGAAUUCAUUUGGGAUCCCUUGUCAACCUCACAGACAACAAGUUUAAUAACACACUGCAGGAUGAUUCUUGAAGAGCAUUCAACUUGUGAAAAUGAAGUAAGUAAAGGCAAGCAGGGCUUACUUAAAUCCAUUGUUUCAAGAAUAAAGAAGGCAAUCGAAGAUGAUGUUUUUAUUCCUCUGUAUCCAAAGAGUGCUGUAGAAAACAAAACAUCACCACAUUCAAAGUUCCAAGAAAGACAAUUCUGGUCAGGUCUGAAGCUCUUCCGCAAUAUUCUUCUUUGGAAUGGACUCCUCCCAGAUGAGGCCUUGCAAGAGCUUGGACUGGGGAAGCUGCUAAAUCGUUACCUUAUUAUUGCUCUUCUUAAUGCUGUGCCUGGGUCAGAUGUUGUUAAAAAGUGCAGUGAGAUAGCAGCAUGUCUCCCAGAGAGAUGGUUUGCAAAUCCUGCCAUGAGGACUUCUAUUCCCCAACUAGCAAACUUCAUCCAGUUUUUAUUGCAGUUGGCACAUAAAUUAUCUAGAAGUGAAUUAAGGGAUGAAAUAAAAGAAAUAAUUCGUAUUCUGAUGAAAAUAAAAGCUUUCAAUCAAGCAGAAUCCUUCAUAGAAGAACACCACCUUGAUGAUCUUAGAUCGCUAAUUGAAAAAGUUUGA